AGGAAGUGAGUCCUCCGCUGUUGUUUGUGUUCGCUGGCCACUCUCCGUCUCCGUGUUUUUCUGAUUCAAUACAGCGCAGACCGGGGCCGAAAUGGCAACGUUUAUUUCAGUACCAUUGAAAAAAUCCUCUGAGGUGGACCUGGUGAAGCCGCUGUCUAAGUUUGUGACGGCUACGUAUCCUGCGGGCGAGGAGCAGACGGAGUACAUCCGCGCCGUGGAGGAGCUCAACAAGCUCCGCAAGAACGCGCUGGGAAGGCCGCUGGACAAACACGAGAGCUCCCUGGAGAUCGUACUCAGAUACUAUGACCAGCUGUGUGCCGUGGAGCCCAAGUUCCCCUUCUCUGAGAACCAGCUCUGCCUAACCUUCACAUGGAAGGACGCCUUCGAUAAAGGAUCGCUGUUCGGCGGCUCAGUCAAGCUAGCUCUGGCCAGUUUGGGCUACGAGAAGACGUGCGUGUUGUUCAACGCCGCCGCUCUGGCCAGUCAGAUCGCCUCGGAGCAGAACCUGGACAACGACGAAGGCCUGAAGACCGCUGCCAAAUACUACCAGCUGGCCAGCGGAGCGUUCAGCCACAAGGACACGGUGCUGUCCGCUCUGAACAGGGAGCCCACCAUGGACAUCUCCCCCGAGACCGUGGGCACGCUCAGCCUCAUCAUGCUGGCCCAGGCCCAGGAGGUCUUCUUCCUCAAGGCCACCUCAGAUAAGAUGAAGGACGCCGUCAGCAAACUGGCCAAUCAAGCCGCAGAUUUCUACAGCGACGCCUUCAAGCAAUGCCAGUACAAAGACAACCUCCCCAAGGUAUGAACCUACACACACACACACACACACAGUUCACAAGGGAGACACAAACACACGCACUGUUAGCUGUGUGUUCACCGUAGCA